AUGUCCGAAAUGACAGACGCCCAGCGCCGUGCAGCGACACGCAAAGCCAAGAUUCUUGCACGCGGCAACGCGGGUCUCCAGCGUCUCGCUGAGACCGCACGCGGCGAGGAGGCCGACAUGUUGUACGGCGGUGACGACACUGCCAGCGCCGCCUCCAGCGCCGCACCCUCGAGGCCGGACACCCCAAGCGUUGAGACGCUCGCCAAGCCUGCCACCGCAACUGCGUCGACUACCACAGCUUCAUCGUCAUCCAAGCCCGCGCCCGCGUCCGCGUCCAAGCCCGCCGUCUCCUCCAACACCUCGGCUACUGCCGACCACCGCCCCGGCUGGGCACCGUCGACUGCUGCCUCUGGAGCUCGUCGCCCUGCUGCGGCCUCGGCCUCGACAGAGGAAGAGCAGAUGCGCCAGCAGCUCGACGCCAUGAUGGCUAUGCUUGGAGGUGCCGGUGCUCCCGGCGGCAUGGGAGGCGGCGCGGGUGGACCUCCUCCCGACAUGGCCAACCUCCUUGCGUCGCUCAUGGGAGGCGCCCCUCCUCCUGGUAUGGGCGGCAUGGGCGGUAUGGGCGGACCAGGCCUCAUCGGUGACUCGCGCGAGGGCACCCCAUCAUCCAACCCCUUUGGCGGGAUGGACCCAAUGCAGAACCCGUUCGCCGGCAUGCCUGGGUUUGACGGUGCUCCUGGCCAGAACCCCUUCGACGCCAUGGCCGGUAUGCCCGGUAUGGCGGGCAUGUUCCCCGGUAUGGGAGCUCCAGUUCAGCCUCCUUCCAAAGCAGCGCGCUUCUUCCCCGCGAUCCAUGCGCUGUGCGUGCUCGCCUUGGUGGUGUUUGUCGCCGCUUGGUGGGAGCCGGCUCUCUACCACGUGUUUACCGGUCGCGAGAAUACCAUCGCGUCGUGGGCCGCCAGGUGGUCAGGUCUUGCCGGCAGGAGCAGUGCUUUCGCAGCCAAGAUUCUCGAGCCAGUGCCCGUGUUCUACGCCUUUGUGACUCUUGAGCUCGUCCUCCUCGCUACGCGCGUCACGCUCGUCCGCACCCCUCCAUCGCUCCACCCUCUGCUCGCCAACGUCCUCCCUCUCCUCCCACCCGCUAUCGGACGCACCAUCUCCACGGGCUCAAAGUAUCUUGGCGUCGUGAACCAGGUGUACAAGGACGGCUGCCUGUUCGUAUUCGGACUCGGCAUGGCCAUCAUCCUCGCUGAGCUUAUCUCCACUUAA